AUGCUGAAGUUCCAAGAGACUGCUAAGUGUGGGAAUGGAUCAGCAGAUGUUCCCGUUCAUCCACAGGCCUUAAUUGCCAGAAGAUACAUACUUCAAGGGAAACUGGGCAGUGGGAGCUUCGGAACUGUCUAUCUGGUUUCAGACAAGAAGGCCAAGCGAGGAGAGGAACUAAAGGUAUUAAAGGAAAUCUCUGUUGGAGAACUAAACCCAAACGAGACCAUCCAGGCCAGUUUGGAAGCCCAGCUCCUUUCCAAGCUAGACCAUCCAGCCAUUGUCAAGUUCCACGCAAGCUUUGUGGAGCAAGCUAACUUCUGCAUCAUCACAGAAUACUGCGAGGGUCGAGAUCUGGACUAUAAAAUUCAGGAAUGUAAAGAAGCUGGUAAAGUCUUUCCAGAAAAUCAGGUAGUAGAAUGGUUCAUCCAGCUGCUGCUAGGGGUAGACUACAUGCAUGAGAGGAGAAUACUACAUCGAGACUUGAAAUCAAAGAAUAUAUUUCUGAAAAAUAACCUCCUUAAAAUUGGGGACUUUGGAGUUUCUCGACUCCUGAUGGGCUCCUGUGACCUGGCCACAACUCUAACCGGAACCCCCCAUUACAUGAGUCCUGAGACCCUGACACACCAAGGCUACGACACCAAGUCCGACAUCUGGUCAUUGGCAUGCAUUUUAUAUGAGAUAUGUUGCCUUAGUCACGCAUUUACUGGCUCCAAUUUCUUGUCUAUCAUCUUAAAAAUUGUGGAAGGAGACACCCCUUCUCUCCCUGAGAGAUACCCAAGGGAACUCAACUCCAUCAUGGAAAGCAUGUUGAACAAGAGUCCUUCGUUGAGACCAUCUGCCAUAGAAAUUUUAAAAGUUCCUUACAUCGAUGAGCAGCUACAGCACCUGCUGUGCCGAUACUGUGAAAUGACUCAAGAAGACAUGCAUGUGGAUUGUCAGAAGGAGGCUGAUCGGAUAGUUAAUGCCUUGCAAAAAAAGAUCCACCUGCAGACUCCCCAGGAACUGUCUGACGUGCAGAAAAUGACGCUCAGAGAGAGGAUGAGGCCAAGGAAGCUCCAGGCAGCCCAUGAGAAAGCCAGGAAGCUGAAGAAGAUUGUGAAAGAAAAGUACGAAGAAAAUAACAAGUGGAUGCAGGACUUGCGGCCCUGGAACUCUGAGAGGCUGAGCAUUGAUGUAAUUGGCGAAGGAAAACCCUUCAUGGGAAAGGAGGAAAAAGAGGAGCGGCCUGAAGGAAGACUUUCUUGUUCAUCCCAGGAGAAGGGUGAAGAGAGACAGCCAGCCUGGGAAGAGGCAAGUGGGCCACCAGCAGAAACCCUGCCUGAGUCUCCUUCCCUGGACCCUGGCGACCUCGAGGGGAGCACAGAGGACACCACAGCCGAUCUCCACCAUAACGACAUACCUGAAGACACGCUGACAGCUGAGGAGUAUUAUGCCGAUGGAUUUGAUUCCUGUUCCGAAGAGAGUGAAGAGCAGGAAGAAGAAAUUGUAUUCCCAGGACCAGAGCUGGAGAUCAACGAUGAGAGCCCCCCGUCUGACACAAGGACCACCACCAGUACGGAGGCAGAAGACCGGUCCCCGGGACCCAGAGAACUCAACAGAGCAAUGGCCAGAGCCAGGAUGCAGCACAUAAGGGACUCAGCCACCCAGAAGCUGGGAGCGGAAGUGUUUGAAGAGGUCUACGAUUACCUGAAGACAGCAAGGCAUCUAAAUGCCAACGACACCGAGGUCCAGGAGUGUCUGGAAAGAUGGGUGCCCCGCGCCAGUGAUUGUUUUGAAGUGGAUCAGCUCCUCUACUUGGAGGAGCAGUUACAGACUGUGGUGACCAGAGAACCAUCUCGAAGAGACGGUCAGGACUCGAAGGCCACCAAGGAGACAAGUCUUCUCUGUGAACAACCGUGAAACACCAACUGGCGUUGUGACAGGAAAUG